AUGAUGCGAAGAUCAUUGCCGCGAGCCAUUCCCAAGCGAGCACUGCUCUCCCGAACGACGACGACGACAACGACCCGGCCCUUUCCCGCAGCGAUCCGUGCCAUCGCCACAACCACCCGCAUGUCCGCGCCCAAGAACCCCUACGCUGCCGGCUCCGCGCCGGCCGACGCCUUUCAGCUGCUGCCCGAGUCGCAAAAGGCGGGCGAGGCCGAGGAUGCCCUGUACGACGCGCAGAUCAAGGAGGUCGAAGCCUGGUGGUCGUCGCCGCGAUACGCCGGCAUCAAGCGCCCGUACACGGCCGCCGACGUCGUGUCGAAGCGCGGCAGCCAGACGGUCCAGUAUCCUAGCUCCGUCAUGGCGUCGAAGCUGUUUCACCUGAUUCGCGAGCGCGAGUCCAAGGGCGAGCCCAUCCACACACUCGGCGCCGUCGACCCCGUGCAAAUGACGCAGCAGGCGCCGCACCAAGAGGUCCUCUACAUCUCCGGCUGGGCGUGCUCCUCGCUGCUCACCACGACCAACGAGGUCUCGCCCGACUUUGGCGACUACCCGUACAACACGGUGCCGAACCAGGUGCAGCGGCUCGCCAAGGCGCAGUCGAUGCACGACCGCAAGCAGUGGGACGCGCGGCGCGCCAUGACGGCCGAGGAGCGCGCCAAGACGCCCUACACCGACUACCUGCGGCCCAUCAUCGCCGACGGCGACACGGGCCACGGCGGCCUCUCGGCCGUGCUCAAGCUCGCCAAGCUGUUUGCCGAAAACGGCGCCGCGGCCGUGCACUUUGAGGACCAGCUGCACGGCGGCAAAAAAUGCGGCCACCUCGCCGGCAAGGUGCUGGUGCCGACGGGCGAGCACAUUAACCGGCUCAACGCCGCGCGCUUCCAGUGGGACGUCAUGGGCUGCGAGAACCUCGUCAUUGCGCGCACCGACUCCGAGUCGGGCAAGCUCAUCUCGUCGGCCGUCGACGUGCGCGACCACGAGUUCAUCCUCGGCGUCGACGACGCCGCCCUCGAGCCCCUCGCCGAGACGAUCCAGGCCCUCGAGGGCCGGGGCGCGUCGGGCGCCGAGAUUGACGCCUUUGAGGCCGACUGGGUCAAGAAGACCAAGCUCGUCACGUUUGACGAGGCCGCCGUCGCGCACAUGCGCAGAGAAGGCGUCGCCGAGGCCAAGAUUGCCGAGUUCCAAGCCACGACGGCCGCGGACCGCAACAUGGGCGUCACGCGCCGCCGCGCGCUCGCCAACCACUACGCCAAGACGCCCGUCUACUUCAACUGGGACGUGCCGCGCACGCGCGAGGGCUUCUACCACUUUCGCGCCGGCAUGGCCGCCGCCACCAAGCGCGCCAUCGCCUUUGGCCCGUACGCCGACCUCUUGUGGGUCGAGACGGGCGACCCCAACGUCGGCGUCGCGACCGACCUCGCGCGCGCCGUCCGCGCCGCCCACCCGCACAAGGGCCUCGUCUACAACCUCUCCCCUUCGUUCAACUGGAUGGCGCACGGCUUCACCGCCGAGACGCUAAAGUCCUUCAUCUGGGAUAUCGCCAAGGAAGGCUUCGUCCUGCAGCUCGUCUCCCUCGCCGGCGUGCACUCGACCGCGACCAUCUCGACCGAGCUCGCCCGCCGCUUCAAGACGGACGGCAUGCAGGCGUACGUCGAGGUGGUGCAGCGCCGCGAAAAGGAGCUCGGCUGCGACGUCCUCACGCACCAAAAGUGGAGCGGCGCCCGCUACAUGGACGGCAUCCUCGGUGCUAUUCAGAGCGGCAGCUCCAGCAGCAAGAGCAUGGGCGAGGGCAACACGGAAGGCCAGUUUCACUAG